UUGGACGACGAAGCAUUUGUUUGUUCGCAAAACUGACAAAACGCUCCAACCAACGAUGUAUCCAAUGCGACGGCAGCUAUAACAGUUUGCUAACAUUUAGCGCUUGCGGCACAAGUUUAAAUGUAUUUUUCCCCCAUGUAAAUGAGUGUUAGCUUUAAGUGAAACUUAACGCUGACGCUGCACCGCCAUGACGGAAGCAAAUGACGAUAACGUGCAGGAAGCUCUGCUCUCCGACACCGACGAUGAAGAUGAGGCCUCAGAUGAGAUCCCAGCGUCACUGCUCAGCUACUUUGAGGCAUCCAGAAGGCGACUGGAGGCUUGUGAGAAGCUCAUUCUGGAAGAUCUUGAAGGUUUGACUGCGUCAGCACACAAUGGGCAAACGACAAACCGAGCAAAGUUGGCUGUGGCUGACGAGGACAUGAAGACAUCAGCUGAAUUGUGUGGUGCUCAAAAUGAGGAAGACAGCGCCUCCACUGACCCUGGCCUCCCUGCAGAUGAAGAUGUGUUUUCUACUGACAGCCAAGAUGAAGGUGAAGCAGAAGAGUGCAUGACCUCACUGGCGGACGAGGAGAGACAGAAAAAGUCAGAUUAUCAGGUGGAUGGAGGAGAGAGGACACUCCAGAUGGAAAUCGAGCGAAGGACACGAGGAGAACAAGAAUUUGAGGAGAAGCUGAAGAGGAUUAUGGAGGUUGAGAAGCUGCGCCAGAAGGAAGUGGAUUGGAUGGAGAAGACUGCUCAGGAAAAGCUUGAGCAGGAAUUCCAGCUUCAACAGGAGCUGGUCAGCGAGCUAAAGAGACAAGUGGAGGAAGAGGUGAAGACAAGGGAGGAGGAGCAGAAGAAGUUGUUUGAAAGAAAGAAAGAGGAGGAAGAAGGAAAGAGGAGGGAAGAGGAAAAGAGGAAGGAAGAAGAGAUGAGGAAAGAGGAAGACAGGAAGCGAAGAGAGCAGAAAGAAAAGAGGAUGCAGAGGGAGGAGAAAGAGAAGAGGAAAGAGGCAGAGGGAAAACUAAAGGAAGAAGUGAGGAGAGAACAGGAAGAGAGGAAACAAAUAGAUGAAGAAAAGAAGCGGAUGAAGGAGGAAGAGGAAGACAGAAGUUGGAUAGAAGAAGAAAUGAGGAGGCAGAGGGAGGAAGAAGAGAAGAGGAAAGGGGCAGAGGGGAAACUGAAGGAAGAAGUAAGGAGGAUGAGAGAAGCAGAGGAAAAUGAGAGGGAAAGGAAUGAAGGCGAGAGGAGGAAAGAGGAGAGGAAACGAGUUGAGGAGGAAGAAAAGCUGAUGGGGGAAGAGACAAAGUGGAUAGAAGAAAAGAGGAUUAAGAGCGAAGAAGAAAAUGAGAGGAGGAAAGCAAAAGAGAGCAAACAAGUUGAGGAGAGGAGGAGGAGGAAAGAGGCAGAGAUGAUGCAAAUGGAGGAAGAGGUGGGGAAGAAGGUAGAAGACAGGAGCAGGAAAGAGGCAGCAAAGAAACUGAAGGAAGAUGAGUUGAUGAGGAAGAAGGAAAAAGAUGACAGAAGGAAAGAGGCAGAGAAGAAGCAAACUGAGGAAGAAGAAAAGAAGAGCAAGAUUGAGGAGGAAGAAGAGAGGCAGCAAAAUGCAGAGAAGAAACUGAAGGAGGAAGAUGAGAGGACGAGGAAAGAGGCACAGAGGAUUCAAAUGGAAGAUGAGGUGAUGAAAAUGGAUGAGGGGGAAGGCGAAGAGGGCAAAGAUCUGAAGGAAGAGGAAAAGUGGAGGAAGAGGGAUGAUGAGGACGAGAAGAUAGAGCAAGGCACUACUCUGAAGAAUGAGGAAGAUGAGGUGAGGAAAAGGGACAUAGAGGAGAAGAUGAUGAAGGAGGAACUGGAAGUGGAAAGAAUGAAGCAGGAAGAUGAGAAGAGGACAUGGGGGGAGAAAGAGGAGUUGGAAAAGGAGAGGAGAAACAACGCAAGCAGGAUAUGUGAAGAGAAGAAAGAGGAAGAAGACAAAGGAGAGACAGUGAUCGAGGAAGAGGAACCACAGGAGAAGGCAGAGCAACCCAGGAAGGAUGCAUGGAUGAUUAUGAGUGAUGAAAAGAUGAAAGAGCAAACAAGUCAUGAGGAGAAAACCAGAAAGGAAGAGAACAAUGAAUGUAGACGGAGGGAAGAAGAGGAUGGAGACACAGAUGGACAGAAAAACAACAACGAGGGUGAAGAAGUGAGGAAGAGCAAUGAAGUCGAGGAUUUCUUCAAGAUGAAAACACAACAAAACCCAGAUGAAGAGGAAGGUGAUGAAGCAGUGAGAAGAAAAGAAAGAGAUGACAGAAGACAUACCGAAGAGAGGACAAAGGUUGUGACCUCUGAACGUGAGGAGAAGCAAACUAAGAAUGAGAGCGCUCCAACACAUUUACAUCCUCCAGCUUCACAGUCUCAACAUGACCGCAACAUCCAACAGAACUCCUCAUGUCAAACUGCUACCACUUCCUCGAUUUCCCAGGUCAUGGAGCAAAGGAGGCUGUCCUGGAUGAAGAGCUGUGUCUUCUGGUCACAACUCUCCCGGCAGAACAGAAGCAGGCCGAGAGGUUCUGUCGGAACCAGGAGAGAGUUCAGGAGAUCCGCAGAGACCAGUGGGCUUCCUCCACUUUGUCCAAACAUCCUGAAGCAGGUCUCAGGCAGGAGGUCCCUGCAGGAGGUGACCACAUUGGUUCUGGAGGACUUGCCAGGCUGCAGUUUGUCCACUCUGACCCAGUGUGCACGGCUCCAGUCUCUCACCCUCAGACGAUGCGGCCUGAAGGUUCUUGACAGUAUUAAUGAGUUACCAGAACUCUGCUACGUCGACGUUCAGCAAAACCACAUCUCCCGGUUGGACUGUGAGAAUAUGAGCAGUCUGAGAGUUCUUAAGCUAGGCUACAACAAGUUGGUGUCCAUUCACGGUUUAAGUGGAGCAGAGAACCUGGACCUUCUAGAACUCUCACACAACUCCAUUACACGUGUUGCUGGUCUGGGUUCUUUAAGAAGACUCCAAAGGUUGUCUUUGGAUCACAACCAGCUCAUUAGCACCAAAGGGCUGAAGGACUUUUGCACCCUCCUUUACCUGGACUGCUCUCACAACCACUUGGCCAGCGUGGAGGGUCUGGAGGAGAACGUUCUGCUCAACACGCUGGACCUGACCUCCAACAACCUCACUGAGCCGCCUGCUCUGCACAACCAUGUCCUCCUCACGGACCUUCAUCUGGACGACAACAGCAUCUCAUCCCUGCAGGGCCUUGCCGCCUGCUGGCUGCCCCUCUUGCAAACGCUCACCGUGGCCCAAAACCGGCUCACACACCUGCCUCCCAUGUCUGCUGCUGUGUCCCUCUCUAAACUUGACCUGCGCUUCAACUGCCUUUCAGAUGUGAAGAACGCGUGUGUCAGCCUGGAGGGAUGUCAUUCGCUGAAGGAGGUGCACCUCACAGGGAAUCCUCUUCAGCAGGAGAGCAGUUGGAGAUCAACACUACAGAGAGCUGUCUCUAGUCUGAGGACCAUCGAUAAGACGGAUACUGACUUCCCCGUGAUGGACUCUGCUGUUGCUCAGCAGAUAAGCCCCGCCUCCGACAUCUUCCUCAACUUCAUCCAGGCACAGCUUCAGCAAACUCAUGAUUUAAGGCAGAAACACAGUGAACAACUCAGCAAAGCCUUGCACCCACUGGACGCUGUGAAACUGACCUGCCAACACUUGACUGAAACCUUGCGGCUGGCUGAGGACCAUCGUCAUGCCCAUGAGUGCACUGACAUCAGCGACAAGCAAAAAGCCACUAGCCAAUCAGUCGACAUUAUCAAUGAGGCAGAGUUCAGUGACAAGGUUUCCCUAGUCACUUGCAACAAGCAGAUUUGUUGUGACACUUUGCAGCUUUCACCAGAGCAAGAGGUGUCGCCGGUUUGUGACUUUCCAACCUCUGCAGCAAAAGGAAAAAGAACGGGUCUGCAAAUGGCGGCAGUGUCACAACAUCAAGACUUCUGCCACAAUAUCACUGACGCUGUGCUGGUUCAGCAGCUUGAAAGGAAACACAAACAGAAGUGGAACAUCAGCACCUCUUUUACAUCUGAGGAUGGAGGAGGAAAAACAGAGUGUGGAGCUGCUGCUUCUAUUGUUGCCCAACAUCAUGCAGCAACUGUUAUUCAGGCACAUUGGAGGGGCUUCACUUGGAGGAGGAGGCUGGCGUCCGCUCUUGCUGCCGUCACGUCGCUCGACACAGGCGAGGAUGACAUCUUUGAGGUGGUGGACCUGGACGAUUUUGUCUUUGAUGAGGCUACACUCGAGCAAGGCUGGACUGUGCCGCUAUGUGACGAGCUUCCUGCCAGAUGCUCGUCAGUGUCAAAGAAGCCAUUGUUGCAGCAGCUUCCUGGCUCCUACCAUGAACAUUCCCAGCAUGUUCUGCCACCUCUGCCUGUAUGGAGACCUACGCAGGCCUGGGGGGUCAAGGGCCAGGAUUACUCUACCGGCAAGACCGCAUCACCACAUAGAAACAAAUCUGCUUCAGUCUCGGUGGCGAGUGGCCUCUCUGAAAGAUCAGAACAAAUUCUGAAGGAAUGGGGUUUCACUAAUCCUCACACAGCUGAGCUGAUGCUGAAAAGAGCCCAGAAGAUGAAGUCGAAGAAAAAAACCUCAGGUCCAUCUGUGCAUCUGGUGGCUUGUAGAAACUUUCCACUCACCACUUACCAGCUGGGUGCAGUAGAGGCUCCACGCAGGCUGAGACUACGUGGUAAUGAUGAUACCAAAGUUCUCCAAGCUGAGGAGUGCUUGGGGCGAGCCAAGCAGGACCGGACUCGGGAAUGGCUCCGUAACCAGAACACUCUGAGGUGCUCGGAAAGUGAGCAUUUCUUACCAGACAUCAGCGCUGAUGCGUUGAGUGCCGGCCGUUCACAGCGUGUAGCAGAAACAGUGCAAACAGAACAUCUGCAUCACACGAGUGGAGUAUGGGCCUACAACAGUUUAUUACUCCAACCAUGCAGAGAAAGCAAAUGUGCACGCAACAACUCUCUAGGACCUGUGACAAAACAAGAUGUUCCACCUCCUAGUCAGGUUCCGUCUGCUGCACGCAGAAAGGAACGCAUCUCCUUUCGGGACGAGACAGUCAGGUGGAGCGGCGGCUGGGGUGGAGGGAAGAAAAGAGACAAAGUAAAACACGCACAUAACUGAAAAAAAUAAACACUUCAAUACACAUCUCCUCUGCACCCAAACUCUCCAGAACCUUGGCUGAUAGCGCUGUUAUAAUGCGAUACCUUCAUAUUUUACGACAUCUUAUCUUGUCCUGUCCCCCUCACCUCCAACUGUUCUGGUGCAAACACCUUCAGGCGCUCACAUCAAGUAUGUAGUAACACAUGACACACUUCAGAUGAUGACAGGAAAUGGGAAACAGAACCUUCCACUGACAGUACCUGUGGCCUCAUCUUUCUUGUGCUUGGAGCUUGUUCAAAGCCACGUUUUCACAUAGUGGUUCACUCCAGUUCACUUCACCUCAGUACAAUUUAGAAGUAAACAAAAGACAACAAUGGAGGACAUGUGGAAGACAAGUUCUGUGUCUCAUAUGAAAUACUUCGGUCAGUACACUUACAGUACACAAUAAGUAUACUGUGUAAACUGUGACUAGCUGGAGUCGUUGCAAUUCACGAGUAAUAAGAGAAAAAGAAGAACUUCAUUUCUGGCGCGCAUGGAUUUACGACUGCAGGUAUUCACACUGUUAUGAUCUGUUGAAAGCAAAGGCCAAAAAGCUUUCAACAAUUAAUCCAUCCAUCCAUCUUCUAUGCCGCUCCCCUCCUGAUUUGCUCUUGGUCCCCCGCGACAUUUCAAGCCCCACACGGUAGUUAUGUAGAAAUGUAUUGUUUAAUGGCUUUGCUUCGCGUCAUGAACUCCACUACAGAAAUCAGUGUUUCCCACACGUCCACUUCUUCAACUAUUCUGAUCGAAAAUGGAAUAUGUGUCCUUUGCUGAAACCUUUUUAAUAUGUUUCCUUGACUUUGCCUGCAUUGUCUUUUGCAUAAUCAUUUUCACUUCUUGCAUAUGGGUAAUGUGUGAUAGCAAAUGCUAACUGGAUGUAAUACAUGAACUGUGUGUACUAAUGAAUGUUAUGUAGACAUAUUAGCGAUACUCAGGUUGUGUACACAACUAUUGAGGUGUAAUUAUAUUUACUGGCAUAUUCUAAUUAUGAUAUCAACUACUUUGAUUACCUGUAAACUUUGAAAAUGUGAAUGUGAAAUACUAAUCAUUAAUAUUUACAGCAUCAUACAUCUUUGGGACUUGGUCAUUUUAAAAGUAGCUUGCAGGCUGAAAAAGUGUGAGCACCCCUGGUGUAGGUGGUAUGGCACUAAUCAUUAUUACAGUGCCUUUUCCUCCUGAAUCUAAGUGUACUGCUUGGUGUAACAUGGUCUUUAGAGUCUUCAGUGUGUACCGAUGGAUCUGGAUCUCGGCACCAAGCACAAACAUGUCAGCUGAUGGGCUAAUAGUCCGCUGCUCCGCCUGGAAACGAUAACUUAAUGAAAGUCAAAACAAAUAGUUGGCCCUGGCGAGCGACUCCCUUUCAGGAAAUGCGCCCCGUCUAUUUAUUUUGCCUCUUUGUGCUGCGUGUGUGCCUAGAGGUGGUGGCGGGUGUUUAGGUGGAAGCCAGUUAGUUGACUGUACGCUGAUGGUGGAGUUUGGGCCAAAGAUGUGGUGGUUCUACCGCCACAGGGACCGCAGAGAAACCAGAGAUUAGCUGCCUCGUUCGGCAGGGGGGAGCUUCUUAUCAUUAAGGCCAUGUGGGGAGCACAUGGGGCAUUGGUGCAGGAGACAGGGGACAUGUCCAAUAUUUACUACUGUCCUUUAUGACUCCACGCACUUAGUCCACAUGCAUUCAUCUGCCAGUCAACUGAUCUUCUUCACGUUCACAGAUUAUUUUUACAAUGUCAGAACAAUCACCCUCUUGAUUUUGUAUAAUAUCCAACAUCCAUCAUCAGACUUUUACAUAUUAUUGUUCUAGGUGAUAGCAAGGACCCUAUUGAUUUUGAAACAAGACCAAAGAUGCUUGAGGUUUCUGGGGCCAUGCUACACAUUUGAGUUAGCAGUGAGUAUGCUAAUAGCAGCAGGAAGAUUAUUUUUGGACAACAGCAAUCCAUGUACAGGUGUUCCACAUUUUACAUUGUUACGUUCCGUGGUGAUGAUGCACUCCCAUAAAUUAGUAAUGCUGUACAAAAAGAAAAAGAGAAUACGUAUUUGCGCGUCGCUGCACUGAGAAAGGACAACGUUGCUUUUGUUCUUUUUAGUUAACGUCUUGAAUUGAACCUCUAUUAUGUCUCCCAAGUGUGAGGCAAAAAGUAAGAAAGAAAAGGAAAGUGAAGUGAAAUCAGACAUUGUAAAAUGCUCAAACAGAAAUGCCGACCAACAUUGGCUGUAUGCCUGGUCCAAGCUGCUCAAACUUUGCGACCACCGUGAAAGAUAACGAUGGUAUCCUUGAACAUCUGAAAGCAUUUGCUCCUAUGAAAUGGACAGUAAUAACUGAGCAGAGCGGCGUAGUGGUUUCAUUAUUGGGACUUUCUCCUCCCAAUAAGCCUGUCUCUCCCUCCCUUGCAACGCCCCUUUCAGUGUGCAAGAAGAUAAAUGUAUGGAGGAGUUCUCUCUUUUUUUUUUUUUAAUUAGUUCCAUUUCAUUCUUGUGUUUAAUUUUUUUAUUACUGUAUUUUAUGUCCUUCAUGUGAUCAGUGUACAGUGUGAGUGACUUUAGGUGUUUAUGUAGAUAUAAGUUCCGACUUCCAAUGAAACUCAACUUACAUCGCCAUCGCAGGAACAGAAGUUGUACGUAUCUCAAGGACCCACUGUAUUAUAAUGCAAAAUAAAGACAUUAUAUACAAUAUUACACACUAUAUUUACAUCAAUAUAAAUUUUCAGCACAA